UACGGUUUCAUCCAUCUGACAAAAUAGAUCCUCGCUAGGCAUCCUUUAUGUCCCAGGUUGGAUGCUCUGCAGUGGCCAAAGCAAGGUAUUGAUGAGGCAUGGGCCACUGCUACAAAGCAGAGCUACUGCUGCAUUUCGAGCAAGAGCUUCUAGGUGGCACCAGACGCCAGGAUUUGACUUACCGCUUCAUCAAGGCAAUGCUACCAAGUCAGCACUGCCCAUGAAGCACAAAUGCAAGGAGAAAUGGACUUCCCCUUCCAAAAGAAAAGGAAGAGAGAGGAGGGAUGGAGUCUAGGCCUUGGAUGGAGAAUAUCUAGGAAUCUCCAUUUCCUCUAACCAUGCUUUUUCGUAGCCACAGCAAUGGAUGGAGAGGUUAAGAGCGAUAUAUAAAUAGAUAGGCAGAAAGGUAGGCAGGGAGAUAGAUGGAUUGAAUGAGAAAGAUGAAGAGAAAGGGAUUAAUAGACAGACAGCAAGGUAAGAAGGAAUACCGAAUGAGAGAGAGAGAUGAAGUGAUAGAUGGAUGAAAUAGGUAGACAGGUAGAUAAAUAGAUAGAUGAAGAAACAGACAGACAGAGAGAUGAAGAGAGAGGGAGCAGAUAUGGACAGACAAACAGACAGACAAAGAGAUAGACAGAUGAGAGGUUUCCUGGGUGCUGUGGGCGUGGCCUCGGUUGCUAAGGGGAGGAGUCUCAUACUAGAAGACAAAGAUGGUUGGUUGGUUGGUUGCUAGGGCCUUGGUCUUCAGUCUCCUCAAGGUGGUCAGUGAGGAGGGUCUCUUAACAGGCAACUUGGCCUGUUGUCCCAACUCUUGUCCAACUUUGGAGUGUGGGAGGUCUAUCCAGCCCACCCUUCUGUACCCCUAGAUACCAUUAAGAGGUCCCGAGGAAAGGUACCCCACUGCCAUUAUGGGGAAGAAGAAACCUCCUCUGAAGAAAGGCAAGAAGAAAAAGGGGGAAGAACUGGAGGAUCUGAAGAAGGAAGUGGACAUCGAUGACCACAAGCUCUCCUUGGAAGAACUCGCCCAGAAGUAUAAGACUGACCUGAGCACAGGCCUUACUACAACCCAAGCGGCAGAAAUUUUGGCCCGGGAUGGCCCCAACGCCCUGACCCCGCCCCCGACCACGCCAGAGUGGGUCAAAUUCUGUCGCCAGCUCUUUGGGGGCUUCAGCAUCCUGCUGUGGAUCGGGGCCAUCCUCUGCUUCUUUGCCUAUGCCAUCCAGGAGCUAGUGGAGAGCAACGCGCAAAAGGACAACCUCUACCUGGGUAUUGUAUUGUCAUCGGUGGUGCUGAUCACAGGCUGCUUCUCCUAUUACCAGGAGGCCAAAAGCUCCCAGAUCAUGGAGUCUUUCAAGCACAUGGUACCACAGAAAGCCCUGGUCAUCCGGGACGGCAAGAGGACGCAGAUCAAUGCGGAGGAAGUGGUGGUGGGGGACUUGGUGGAGAUCAAAGGAGGAGACCGGAUCCCCGCCGAUUUGCGGAUUGUCUCAGCCAGCGGCUGCAAGGUGGACAACUCCUCCCUCACGGGUGAAUCAGAGCCGCAGAGCCGAAGCGCAGAUUACACCAACGAGAACCCGCUCGAAACACGCAAUAUUUGCUUCUUCUCAACCAACUGUGUGGAAGGAACUGCUCAAGGCGUCGUCAUCUUAACGGGAGAUGAUACUGUGAUGGGACGCAUUGCUUCUUUAGCAUCUGGCCUAGGGCAAGGAACCACCCCCAUUGCCCGAGAGAUUGAACACUUCAUCCAUAUCAUCACCUCUGUGGCUGUUUUCCUGGGAGUGACGUUCUUCAUCCUGGCCAUUGUACUCGGUUACCACUGGCUGGAGGCGGUUAUCUUCUUGAUCGGCAUAAUCGUGGCAAACGUCCCCGAAGGACUCUUGGCCACCGUCACUGUCUGCCUGACUCUCACAGCCAAGCGCAUGGCCUUAAAGAAUUGCCUGGUGAAGAACCUGGAGGCAGUGGAGACGCUGGGCUCCACCUCCACCAUCUGCUCAGAUAAGACCGGAACCUUGACCCAGAACCGCAUGACUGUUGCUCAUAUGUGGUGCGACAAUGAGAUCUUUGCCGCUGACACCACUGAGGAACAAGCAGGGGCAGUGAUGAUGAAGAAGCGCUCACCCACUUGGUUGGCCCUCACCCGUAUCGCCGGGCUCUGCAACCGGGCUGACUUCAAGCCUGGGCAGGAGGACGUCCCUGUUGCCAAGAGGGAAACUACCGGGGACGCAUCUGAGUCAGCACUCCUGAAAUGCGUAGAGCUCUCCUACGGGUCUGUGGCGACCAUGCGGGAACAUAACCCUAAAGUAGCAGAGAUUCCUUUCAACUCCACCAACAAAUACCAGCUGUCCAUCCAUGAAGCCGAGGAUAAACCCAAAGGCCACAUCCUGGUGAUGAAAGGGGCUCCCGAGAGGAUCCUUGAUGUAUGUUCCACCAUCAUGAUCAAUGGGAAGGAAGUCAACUUGGACAAAACAAUGCAAGAGGCCUUUCAGAAAGCUUAUGAUGAGCUGGGAGGGCUGGGCGAGAGGGUGCUGGGUUUCUGCCAGAGCUACCUCCCUGAGAAGCAAUUUCCCCGAGCCUUCAAAUUUGACGUGGAGAAAGUCAACUUCCCCAUCAACAAACUCUGCUUUGUUGGGCUCAUCUCCAUGAUCGACCCGCCUCGGGCAGCUGUGCCAGACGCCGUCGGGAAAUGCCGAAGUGCCGGGAUCAAGGUGAUCAUGGUGACCGGGGAUCAUCCGAUCACCGCCAAAGCCAUUGCCAAGGGAGUGGGCAUCAUCUCUGAGGGGACUGAGACGGUAGAGGACAUUGCUGAACGACUCAACAUCCCCGUCUCUGAGGUGAACCCAAGAGAAGCCAAGGCCUGUGUGAUUCAUGGAAGCGACCUCAAAGAUAUGACCUCUGAAGAAUUGGAUGACGUCCUGAGGAACCACAGCGAGAUUGUCUUUGCCCGCACUUCCCCGCAACAGAAACUCAUUAUUGUGGAAGGGUGCCAGCGGCAGGGAGCCAUUGUGGCCGUGACGGGUGAUGGAGUGAACGACUCUCCCGCGCUCAAGAAGGCCGACAUCGGCAUCGCCAUGGGCAUCGCUGGCUCCGAUGUCUCCAAACAAGCUGCAGACAUGAUCCUGCUCGAUGACAACUUUGCCUCCAUCGUGACAGGCGUGGAGGAAGGCCGGCUGAUCUUUGACAACCUCAAGAAGUCCAUCGCCUACACCUUGACCAGCAACAUCCCAGAGAUCUCCCCUUUCCUGAUGUUUAUCAUUUUUAGCAUCCCAUUGCCUCUGGGAACCAUCACCAUCCUGUGCAUUGACCUGGGGACCGAUAUGGUGCCCGCCAUCUCUCUAGCCUACGAGAAGGCAGAGAGUGACAUCAUGAAGAGGCAUCCGCGCAACUCCAAGACAGACAAGCUAGUGAAUGAACGCCUCAUCAGCAUGUCGUACGGGCAGAUCGGCAUGAUGCAAGCCAUUGCCGGCUUCUUCACUUACUUUGUGAUCAUGGCUGAAUACGGGUUCCUCCCCACCACCUUGUUGGGGAUCCGCCUGGAUUGGGACAACCGAUCCAAGAACGACUUGGAGGACAGCUAUGGCCAGCAGUGGACUUACGAGCAGCGGAAAGUGAUCGAAUACACCUGCCACACCGCCUUCUUCUGCAGCAUUGUGGUUGUGCAGUGGACAGACCUGAUCAUCUGCAAGACCCGGAAACUUUCUCUCUUCCAGCAGGGCAUGAAUAACAAGAUCCUGAUCUUCGGCCUCAUUGAGGAAACCACCCUGGCGGUCUUCCUGUCAUACUGCCCCGGCAUGGAGGUUGCCUUGCGCAUGUACCCACUCCAGCUCACGUGGUGGCUUUGCCCCAUGCCAUUCAGCCUGCUGAUUUUCGUCUAUGACGAAAUCCGGAAGCUCAUUAUCCGCAGACAUCCUGACGGUUGGGUAGAGAGGGAGACCUACUACUGAUCUGUCCACAUUUGACAACUUUGCUGAUUUUAAAGAACUUCUAGUGGUGUGUUACCUUUGGGCAGAAUGAUCUCACAAACGUUCCUGUAAGAAGUAAAACAGCUCUUUAAUUCAA